AUGGCCUGCAGGAUGAGAGACGUCCACCAAGACAGCAGUCUGCCCUCCAUCUUGGAGUCCUACCGCUCACAUGUUGAUGCCGGACAGGCGAAGGAGAGGAAGCUGCAAAGCAGGAAGGAGCGGGGCCAGAACACAGCAGAUGGCAGGAAGGGGAGGGACCAGAACAUAGAGGAUCCUCUGAAGUCUGACCUUGACCCCGAGGCCCCGGCCAGGAGACAGGCUCUGACGGACCAGCGCCAUCUACAGGGAUACAGGAGCCUGCGCCGCCUCCGAGACGGCCUGUACCGUCGCUACGGAGACCUGCUGCGGGAGAAGAUCGCCUCCCAGAGACGAGAGCUCAGACAGCACAGCCUGGCAGCCUGCCUGCAAACAGAGGACACACCUCAGCAGAAACAGAGGCUGCCCUUCUCCCCUCUCCGUCACGAUGAGUCCUUCCUGACGUCUCUACCCAAGAGCAGAUACUACCUGAGCCUCCAGCGGGGUCCAGCCCAGCCCCAGAGGAACCAGCAGGACACACGUAGCAACAUGAUGGGCAGCUCUCCUGCUCCUCCUCCUGCUCCUCCUCCUCACAGAGAUCAGAAGACACCUGAGGCCCAGCAGGAUCCCACAGAGCAGAUGGCUAGCAGGGUGAAGAUUCCAAAAUUUUCCAGCCUCCAACCCAGUUUUCUGAAAAACCUGCAAAGCAGUAUGCCUGAGACCCUACUUCAGCCUCCACAGCAGAGCAGGAGAGCUCAGCUCUACAACAUCAAGCUGCACCGCAUGCACACCCUGUCCCUCACCAACAUGGCCGUCUCUCAGAGGUACACCCUGUCCCUCACCAACAUGGCCGUCUCUCAGAGGUACAUCCUGUCCCUCACCAACAUGGCCGUCUCUCAGAGGUACACCCUGUCCCUCACCAACAUGGCCGUCUCUCAGAGGUACACCCUGUCCCUCACCAACAUGGCCGUCUCUCAGAGGUACACCCUGUCCCUCACCAACAUGGCCGUCUCUCAGAGGUACAUCCUGUCCCUCACCAACAUGGCCGUCUCUCAGAGGUACACCCUGUCCCUCACCAACAUGGCCGUCUCUCAGAGGUACACCCUGUCCCUCACCAACAUGGCCGUCUCUCAGAGAUACACCCUGUCCCUCACCAACAUGGCCGUCUCUCAGAGGUACACCCUGUCCCUCACCAACAUGGCCGUCUCUCAGAGGUACACCCUGUCCCUCACCAACAUGGCCGUCUCUCAGAGAUACACCCUGUCCCUUACCAACAUGGCCGUCUCUCAGAAGGCGCGUUCGACUUCAUGCAGCGCCGGCGUCGCCUGCAUCCGCCUGCAUCCGCCUGCAGCCCGGCUGACAUGA